AUGAAUGUGUUUGAUCCCUUUAACUUUUUUGUCACCGCUACAUUUUUCGUACUAAUGCACGUUUCCACGGGGAUGUUUUUCGAAUCGUCGCUGCAGACCUCCUAUUCUCCAAACUACGACUUUUAUCACAAUCUUUCGAAGAUGAACGAAUGUCUUCGUCAUAUUUCUACACAGUAUUCGGAAUUUGUGGACGUGGAAAUGCGGUACCGUUCUCGUUAUGGAUUAUCUCAAUACGUUCUUCACAUCACGAAUUUCACACUUGAUACAGUAGACAAAAAAACAGACAAACGAUCAAAGGUUCUAUUGUCUUACGGGGAACAUGCGGCUGAGUUUUUCCCAGUGGAAAGUAUGUUUUAUUUCCUUAGGAAUAUAACACAGGGAUACGAUAUGCGCCCUGGAACACCAGAAGGAAAUUUCACAAGAUUCGUACUGAACAAUUUUGAUUUGUACCUCUUGACCAUUGUGAACCCUGAUGGAAGAAUGGUGGUUGAAACUACUAGAAAUUAUUGCUGGAUGGGUACCGCCAAUAACGUUGAUCUUAAUUCUGAUUUAAAAAAUGGCGUUGGAAAUGGAAAUACAAUGAGAACUAUAGCAGGUGUGUUAAAAUUGUUAGUUUAAAAAUAGGUGACAUUAAUAGUUUAAGUAUCAUUCAAUGCAAAUUUUACUUCCUUUUCAUUGGUGGAGAAGCCCACCACGUGACUUGCAAAAAACUGUCCACAAAUAAUGGCCUGCCCAUGCUCAAUGUUGUACAACUGUGUUUGGCUGCAAAUAAUAUUCUGCUCAUGCGUUAAUGAAACCACAUCUUUUCUCCUUCUUGUGAUUGCUUUUACAUAAAGAUGGCAAAAUGGCAGAUGUUCAUCAGACAACAAACUCGGUGACCGAAUGAUAAAACAAUUUAUUAUUCAACUCGGUUAUCGCAAAAUAUUGUGAUUUAUUAUACGUUGUACUCAAUAUCUGUUUUCUCAUUGGCUAAGAACCUACAGUUAACUUUGGUAAUCAGUGCAACUUACAGAUUAGUUAGUUAUCUGCUAGCAGGUAACUGACUAAUCUGUAGGUUGUGCGGGCAAUGCAUGAUUUCCAAGAGUAAUGUCAAACUGUUUUUCAUGCCAUGCUAUGUUUCUCCCUAUUUUUAUCAUUACAGUGUAUAAUAAAAGUAUUAUUAGAUCUGCGUUUUGUGAUAUCCAGAAUAAUCAAGUUCUUGGUAAGUGUUUCAGCCUCGGCCUUCGGCUCAGCUGAUAAUAGUUACCUCAACCUUGAUUAUUCCAGAUAUCACAAAAGCCUCAUUCAAUAAUUGUUUAUUGUCAGUGUCUCGCAGAUCAAUAUUUGCCUGCUUGCCACUGACAACUCAACCUCGUCCAAUAAUAAUAUUGUUAAUUCUUAUUUAUUAUAUAGACACGAGUGUUUUACUGGAAAAUAUACCACUCGUAAAAUUCGUAAAAACUACAUCCGGGACCCGAGUGGUUUAUUCUCCAUAAUCUCACACGCGAGAUUGUCGAUGACGUAAUUGACGUAAUCGUGGCAAAAACAAUAUUUUACUCAAUCGCUGCGCUCGUUCGUAAAAUAUUGUUUUGCCACUCGAAAAUAAAAUUCAUAUCUUCGCGCCAUCGUGUAAUAUCCUCUAUAUAACCAUCAACUAAAUACCGUGUCUGCUUUCACAAGAAAAUGUGAUAUCUUGACAUGCAAAAAUAACAUGUUGUUUUCACACUUGAAAAGGUCGCUGUUGCUAUGGCUACAUAUCAUAACGCACCUUUUAUGGCAAAAAAACUAUUCAAUGAAACAAAAAAGAAACUAUUCAACUGAUCAUCAAUGGCACGCUGUAUGUCGUUAACAAGACAAAUCAGUGUAGUCUCAGUGUUAUGAUAUUUCGUGUAGGCUGAUUGCAUCUUAGCAUAAAGACUGUUGUCAUGGAGAUAUUCGCAAUUUGAGAGGCGAUGAUUCUUUCAAGUGUCUUUGACGGGAUCAAUGAAAGAUUGGAAAUAGGCCUGUCGUUACUAAGCUCGUUGGAGUCAAGAGUAUCUUUCUUGAUAAGAGGACGGACAAUUUAUUGACUUCUAAAAUCAGAAGGAAAAAAGCCUUUCUCUACAGGCAAGUUCAUAAUACUGGUUAUGGUUGGUAGAAGAACAUCGAUGCAGUUCUUUAGAAGCCAUGUCAGAAUUUUUUUUUCAGUUUUUAAUAGUGCUGAGUUAUUUCUUGAUUUAUUUAUACUCUAAAAUAUUUAUUAUUGAAAUCCUUAAAAUUGGUGGAUUAGAACUGAACCAAACAUUGUUUGUCUGGACCGUUAUAAACACAACAGGACCUUUUUAAAAAAAUUAAUGUGAAUAUCAGUGAAAUCCAAGCUGAUGCCAUGAUUUUGUUAAAAAAUAAGAAUAAAACAUUUCAAUUUUCACGCAAUAUUAUGCAUAUUUUAUUUUAUCAUCAUGUGCAAAUCUGUGGUUUGGUCAGUGGUAAUGUGACCAAGUUUCUGUGGUUGCUCUUUUUCUUUCCUUUAAAGCAGAUAUGGCAUGAUAAAAAAGGGCCACGGACAAGAUGUCACCAUCUUGACUUAACAGUGUCAAUCAAUAAAUAAAUUAUAGAUUUUCUUUUCUCAGAAUUAAUCCUAGCCUGAAUUUCAGAUGUUCACUUCAAGUCGUUUUUACUCCCUCAGUUAUAAGUUGCUGAGAGAAGAAAAUGACUGGAAGUAAUUCAAUCCUUUAUUGCAUUUUUCUGUUUUGUCUAAUUUUUUUCUCUGGUGUUAAUUAAUCUAUACCUUACAUAAGUCAUUAUGUAACAGAGUUUUAUACAGCUUUUCAGUGACUGGACAUAAAUGACUGGAGUGCAAAAUUAAGUAUAGUUAGGUGUAGUGUUUUCUCUCUGAAAUUAGUAUUGAUAGCACCAGUGACAAUUACAAUGCAAUUAUAAUAAUUAUUGGAUCUCCCAUAAAUGAUCAACCAAAAUGCUAAGGUUUUAAUGGAUACCAGUAGUUUCUUGUGAGAGUUAAACCCCAUUGGAUCUCCUCUUGCAGUAGGUCUGGACAAGUGUACUUAUUAGAAGAGAAUUUGUUGCAGAAAGUUGUCAUGGUUGCUUUUGACAGGUUCCAGCUAUACUGUAUAGGCAUUUGAUUGGCAAAUUUUAGUGUUUGGGAUAGGUUGUCCCUUAUGGGACGUGGUCACUCAUGGAGAUUUGAUUUUUAUUGUCAUCAUCAUCAUCAUCAUCAUCAUCAUCAUUCCUAAUCAUACCAAGUGUCACUUAUGCAGGGGGAUCCAGGGAAUUGGGAAACAAAGGGCUGAAGCUUUUGUGUUGAGAUCAUCAAAAGGAUGUAAAUGUAAAUGCAAAGAUCUGAGUCACAAAUUGGGAAGGGGGAGGGGUUAUGCAACAGCCUCAGUUCAUUGCUAAGCCUUAAUCCGGCACUGAGUCUACAAAUAUUGGUGUUCAAUAAAUCUACUCCUUUAUGUACAUUUACCUUAAAUUAAGUUCAUUGUUCUUCCUUACUAUUGUUAAUGUUAAUUUUAAUGAGUUUUUCCUUUCCGUUUCAGAACCAGAAUGUAAAGUUAUAAGGGAUUUAACUUCUAGACAUCAUUUUGAUGCCUUUAUUUCAUUUCAUUCAGGACAGAGGAAAAUACUUUUUCCAAAUGGUAUACUUCACAACUUACAUGAAAUUCAUUUUAAUGUUUUAACUAUUUUAAUAAGUUAUUAAGCAAAAUCAUAUAGAUUGAACUUUCUUGGUGGGUUUUCUUACGCCUUAAAGUCAUGAAAGUUCAUUCUGUAGGUUUAUAGAGUGUCUUUUAGUCAAAAAAGUUUAGUCCUUCUGUUUUUUUUUUUACAAAACUGUUACCCUGUUUAAGGGCUUAUUAAACUGGAAAUGAUAUUAUAGUUUUUUCUUAUUACAGCUGUGUUAACAUACCUGUCAUUGUAUAGACUGAAUUAUACCAGCUGUAAUCAUAUUCAGCUUAUAUUAUUUUGUAAUAUCAUUAGAAACUAUUCUGCGAUCAUAGUCUAAAGUGAUGGAAAGCCUACUACUUUUCCUCUUUCCUUUACCUCUUUUUUUUUCUUCUUUUUCGACCCACCUCCUGGCCCAGUGUUGUACAAAACAUUGCAUUGGGGGACCGGGUUGGGGGGGGAGGGGGUGGGCGAUGUAAGAGGGUUAGUAAAAGGGAAAACCAUCUUUUUUAAACAUAAAAAUAUUUAACUGCAUCAUAUUAAAAGAAGCGAUUAUGCUUUUAAGCUGUACAACUUUUCCAAAUAAAUACUUUUGUAAGGGAUUGUAGUGUACCCAACUAACAUGAAGUUUUGAUAUGCAGGAACAAGUGCUAAAGGUUCUGAAAGCAGCAGUGUAUAUUACUUGGCAUCCUUAAUUUCAUCCUCUAUGACAUCACGAUAUACUCUUGUUCCUUCUAAAAUUACUGAUGGUGGCAGGAGUAUCUUUGCCUAUGUGGCAUUAGAGAAAAAGGUAUUUAAUAUCACAGUACCAUUAAGUAUCUAUGAAUUAUCAGGAUAACAGAUUUGACCUCUAGAAACUACAUAUGCAAAAAUUAAUUUCUUUAUGAUGGCCGUGAUCAGUUCAUAGUUUGAUGUUUCUGUGGUAGUGGUGGCACAAAAUAGCAGCAUAUUUAUCUGCUAGCCUGUUGAACUUACAUCCUGUUGAAGAGCAGGGCAUGCUUUCAUAAAUUUUUGGUCUUUUUUGUUAGAUUUCAUUUACAUACAAAAUAUUCCUGUGGGAAAAUGAGCAGAAGCCAUCAGAGGUUAUAGGAAAAGACUGUUUUAGUACAUACAAUCCUCAGAGUGCCAACUUGGAGGUAAGGAAUAACUAUUUUUAACCCAUUGGUCCUUGCUAGCAGAUCCUCCUUUUUUUACUUUGAGUAUGGUUAAGAGGAUCUGACCCCCUGCAGAAGUGAAUGGUUAAAAGUUGUCUAUAAUGGGAAAUGUUUAAUAUUGGUUGGGUCAAAGGCAGUACAACCGAGUGUGUAUAAUAUGCGAGCCAGUGAGCCAGCGAGUCAUGCGAGUCAACAUGUGAGUCAACGUGCGAGCCAUGCGAGUCAGCAUAAAAUAACUUUGUUUUUAACGUAAACUACUAAGUAACGUAUCUAUUCCAAAGGCAGGUCCUUUAAAAUUCAACUUCAGAAAAAUUCGCCAACAUACAAAUUGAACGAGGUGAAACAAUAACAAAGGUUUGAGAAUGUGUUAAACAAAGGUUUAAAGGUUCUUCCUCGGUCACGUUUAAUGAGUCACACCAUAUGUGGUAAGCCACGUGACCAGAACAUAAAAAACACUCUUUAAAACCCAAACGUCUUGCGUCUUUCAUAAUAAAACCAAUGCCAAUGGCUUAAGAAUAUCGCGAUAAAAAAUCUGACUUACUAACAAGUUUAACGUUCCUUCUCAAAAUUCACAGUUAUCGAAAAAGCUAUGACGUCAUUGAGGGGUAUUUUCAUUAGCGAGUUGUCGUCUGAACGCUAAUUUCAUGCUACAAAUGUUAAAAAAGUUAAAUUGCUUAUGAUUCGCCAAAAAAUGGAUUCUCUUCCCUUCGAACUUCUGUCUCGCAUGGCUCACAUGAUGACUCGCAUGACUCGCAUGACUCACUGGCUCGACUCGCAUGACUCGCUGGCUCGCUGGCUCGCAGUUUGUCAAGACCCGUACAACCAAUGUGGAUCCACUUAGGCAUUUAUGGAAAGUUGUUGUGAAUGUGCUAAGAUGUGUGACAAAAUAUAAAUAUUAUUAAUGACUUCUAAAAUUUUUCAUUGUAAUAUUGUUUAUGUGGUUGGUGAGUGAAUGCUGUUGAAUUUUUUCCUUUUGUCCACUAGAAAACUUUAAUGUGAAUAAAAUGUCCCAAAAUUUGAUUAGCAAUAAAAAUAGUGUUCAAGUUGCAUGCCCUAAAAUUGUAAUUUUUUUCCCUGGAAAACUCCAAGAAUUUUAAUAACACCUAUCUUCAUUGACUUGCAGGCCAAAUUAGAAGCUGUCCAUCCAUUGUAUUCAACUCUUUUUAAUUAUUUGCAUUAUUGGAAAGAAAUGCAGCUAUACAAAACAGCAGAACAAGUGGCAAAAAUUGAGGUAAAGUAUACUUUGAAAUCUUGAAAAGAUUCGUUAUUUCUAAUGACGUGUUAAUUUUUUCACUAGUGCAAUAACAGAUUCAGUGGAUGGGGGGGGCAUUAGAUGCCUGUACAUCCCCCUCUUACUUCCGAUACCCUAUCUUCACCUCAUCUACAAGCUUUGUUUCUGAGGCAAACCCCCACUUCUAACAUCAUAGAGCUUUUUUACAUGACGUCACAACAGCCAUAUUGGUAUUCCAAAACAAUGAAACAGCGAGCAUGUUGGUGUUGCAAAUCAAUCUUAUGGGAGUUGAACUCUUUUGUUAUGUAAACACUUUUGUUUGUUCCAAUAAAUUUGCAUAGAUGCUAGCCACAUCAGUGAAAUGCCCUCUAUCCUCCUCUUGUUUGUUUGAUUGAAAACUGAGGAGGGGUAGGAAAACCCUCAUACUCCAACCUCAGACUGAACCAAACUGUUAUUUCUGUCUCUCUUUCAGGAUACUAGGAGGUUAUCAUUUAGUACGGUAUUAUUCUUUUUAUUGGGUUGUACUGGAGUAUACUUGAUCUCUCAGGCACGAGUUCCUCUUUCCUGGAAGAUGUACUACAGACGACAGCGACGCAUUGUCAGCCUGAGAUCCUUAGGAACAUUAUUCACUUUAGUGUGUCUAGUUUGACUGCCUGGACGAGGGUGGUCCUGUUGGCAACACAUUUUGAUCUUAUUUCCACCACACAUAUUUAUAUCAUUAUUCAUUCAAAAUAUUUCUCUAAUUCUAUUCUGAUUGGACUAAACCUCAUGGCUAAUUCUUGUUAACCAGCUAGUGUUGACCAUCUUUGAAAGAUGUUUGUGAUAUCUGAUAAAAUAUCAUCAGGGUAAGAAAAGCACAGUAAUUGGGAAAUGCUGAGGACUAGGUGAUGUGUGCUCAACUGUUUUGGUAGUACUUCUAAGAAAAAAAGGUGAAAACUUCACAUGUUUUGUGAAGAGGAAACAGUGGAACAACUGCCUACAAACAUAGCAAGAACAACAAAAGUACAACUCAUUGGAUAACAACUGCUAUAAUGAAGAGUAUCUGCUAGACGAAAGAUCCCUUUUAAAAAUCCUGAAUAUGCUAAGGAACAGGAAAGUGAAGAUAGGAACUUUACAAUGAUCAACGUAAGCAUGUUUUAGAGUAUUUUAUGGUAUUUUAUUUUGAAUUAAUAAUAAACCAACUUUUGAAUUCGGCUUUUGUAUGUUCUGAAGAUUUGUGCAGAUUUUAGAGGGUGUUAUCCACCUUGGCCUAUAACACCCUCCUGGAUUUGAAUAAUUCUACAGACCAUACUCAGCUUUGUUCAAUAAUUAUUGUUACGAGUCAUCAGUCAUCAACAAAGCUUUUCAGGACUUCUCUCACCCAGUUAAUGUCAUUAGCCAUCCCUCAGCUCAGCCACAGAUGUGUAGAGUUUUUUCUUACAGAAAAAUUCAGUAUUUAUAAAUCUUUCAAGAGGUUCAGUGCAAGAUGGCAGUAGUCUUGAUGACAGUCUAGAGCUGUUAUUUAGGGCUGUAACCCAUAACACCUGUUAAGACUGGUUCUCAUAUUUUUAUGAAAUAAAAUAAAGAAGAUAGUACGUGUGUUCUGAUUGGUUAAAAACGUAUGGUUUAUUGUGCCAGUAAAGUCAUAGAAAACUUAAAGUUAUUUUAUAAAAGCAAUCAAUCACACUUUCUAUGGGUUUACUGACAUGAUAACCCACUUGGGAUGUUGGGAAAACACUUG